UUUCAGCCAAUCGCAAGCGAGCAACGCGUGGCGUCAACUGGUAAACAAACAGAAGCCUGGCGGCCAUUACAGUCUGGGGCAAAACCAAGAAAAAAAACGUUUGUGGUGCGUGGCCAUGAAAGACCCGAGACUAAGUCACGUGACGCUCGCCGCCGACACAGCCCCGAGCGACCGAAGCGACGCACGGGAUUCCGACCCGUUCGCCGAGUACGUGUGGAUGGAGCACGAGGAGGAGUUCGACAGGCAGGUGGAGGAGGAGUUGUGGGAGGAGGACUUCAUGGAGAGGUGCUUCCAGGAGAUGCUGGACGAGGAGGAGGAGUCGGAAUGCUUCGUCCCGUCCAGAGACCUGCCGGACGACCGUGGGUGCGCGGUCGACUUGCCGACGAACACGAUCAGUGUCCUGAACCCCAACGCCAAGGAGUUCACGCCGGGCAUCCAGAAGCACGUCAUGUGACCGAUCGACAAAAUGGCCGCAGCUUCUCUCCCCGCCGUCGGUGUGUGGGCGUGCCCCGAAUGUAUUUGUGCACUCUGAUUGGUUCAAAUGUUAUGUCGUGUUGCGCUGUUUUGGCUUCAGGUAGGUGCCGUGUUACCCACAAUGCUUUGCUACAGCUGCACGCCGCUGUCUUGUUUUUCUAAAGGCACUCAUCUACUGUAGAGAGAGCACAAAAUGUUAAAAAAAAAUCUAUUUUUCUUAAACUAUUUGGAAAUAAAUGUUUACUGAAGAAAAUGUG